AUCCGGAAGAGACGUGGCACAUAAACACAUAGAGGAAGCUUAUGAUGACAUCCUCUGUAGCAGCAUUCAGUUGGCAUUUAUGGAGACACAUUGAAUGACAGAAUUAAAGCUCUACUUAAAACGAACGAGUUUCCUUUAGCAGCCGUCAGUGUGAAAGCUGGUUAGCACAUGUGGCUAUGGGUCUCUGCAAGUGUCCGAAGAGGAAGGUGACCAAUUUGUUCUGCUUCGAGCAUCGUGUGAACGUGUGUGAACAUUGCCUUGUUUCAAACCACAACAAGUGUAUUGUCCAGUCUUAUCUUCAGUGGCUUCAGGACAGCGAUUACAACCCAAACUGUACUCUCUGCAAUAAUCCGCUCACCACACAAGACACAGUCAGGCUGAUCUGCUAUGAUGUUUUCCACUGGGCGUGUCUUAAUAGCCUGGCAUCUCGGCUGCCGCUCCAUACGGCCCCAGCAGGGUACCAGUGCCCCACCUGUCAGGGUCCAGUAUUCCCACCUUCAAAUCUGGCCAGCCCAGUUGCAGAUGUGCUGAGAGAGCAGCUUUCGUCUGUCAACUGGGCUCGGGCUGGUUUGGGGUUGCCUUUGAUUGAAGAGCCGGUUGGGGUUCUUGAAGGAACAAUCGCUAAUGAUGUUUCUGACUACACAGACUGGUCAACAUUUGAUGCCCAAGAAAAACAUGCCGCAUAUUCCAGUCACUCCUAUAACACUAGCCUCAGCCCAUCUGCUGUCUCAGCUCCACCACAAGAAAGCGACGGACGUCUUCAUAAAAAUGGAGAUCCCAAUAUAUCGGAGCAUUCUGUAGUCAACAUUCCUGCUGCUACCCCCAGUGACACUAUUACAUUACACACAGCAUCAUCACCCAGAAAGGUCUAUGACACACGGGACGUCCACAGCUCUGCCACACAGAUUGAUUUUGAUGAUGAUAAGUACCGGCGGCGGCCAGCCCUCAGUUGGUUUGCACGGAUUUUAAAAAACCGCACUGGAGGAAAGAAGACAGCUCUGUCCUGGAAGCAGCGAGUCUUCAUGCUACUUUUGGUUGGAGUUCUGGGAUUCUUCACCCUUAUAAUCAUCAUGGCUAAACUGGGACGGGCCUCUGCCGGCUCAGAUCCAAAUCUAGAUCCUCUUCUUAAUCCCAACAUCCGUGUGGGCAAAAACUGAAGGGGGGGGGGAGCAGUGAUGUGGGGUUUUUACCUGUGUGUUUUACAAGACAAGCAAUGUUGGAUUGGUCUGCAAAGGAGCUGAUACAUGGACAGCCCACCAGAGGGAGCUCUUUGCCCAACUCUAGAGGAUGUUCCUCUUCCUUCCAUCACAGCAUGUCUGGGUCGUUCCUGAUCAGGUUCCUGUGAUUCCGAUCAGGGAGCAUAGAACCUUCGAGGUGACCAAGGUUCGGCUAAUUUAAACACUUUAUCUAGUUAUUGCUGCUUUGGUGAAGAGGGGCAACGCUUUACUCAGCUAACAUUUCUCUGUGAUCUUGUAAGUUAACAAAUUUCUGUUCUUCAGAUUUCUUUUGGAAGCUUUGUCGAAUGAGGAAACAUCUGCUGGCGGAAAUGUCAGAUCUUAUUUCUUUGUGAAAAUAAAACAAAUUCCUGCUACUAUUAAAGAAGCUCUGUGUUGCCAUGGCACCCGGAGUCAAACUUUCCCAACACCAUCUCGCAUUUCUACAAUGAUGAUGAUCUGCAUUAUUACAAACAGAGUGCUUUGCUUUUAGAUUUGCCAUUCAUACUGUAUUCUGUUUUACUGAUGGUUUCUCGAGUGUCCAUUAAAUUGGAAAAACUACUAAAUCACAACUUUUGCUCUGUUGAAUCUUUUCAAUUUCUUCACAAGAAAAAACAAAAGUUUACGACCGCAAAGCAUCUGACUGCUCUGUUUCAUGUUGGUGCAUAAAUAUCUCCUGCACGUUGUUUUUUUCAUUAUGACAUUACAGAUUAUGUUGUAGACUUCCUGCCUCUAAGCAACAUAUUGAUGCAAAAGUCGAUAAGGUUCCACAAAAGAGACGUGGUGCUCUGUCCAUCUGUUAAUGACAUUCAGAAAUUAUGGAGGGAAAAGCUGCAGCAGAUAUUUAUCUUAACAUUGAGAUUAUAUUUAUUUUAACAGAUUAUGUUGUGUGUAAAGCAAUAUUUACCGUGCAUUCAAAGAUGAGCUCUUUCAUAUUUGGUUAUUAUCACACAGUUCUGAAUUCCUCUGUGAAUUGUUUGAUAAACCUACACAAACUGUAGCAUUCAAUACUUUAUAGAACCACCUUUUGCUUCUUCACAGUUGGA